CAAAAAUCAAACCAGAAUUUUGCAGCCCAUUAAAUUUAAAUUUUCACUCGCCUACUCAAAAAUGCAAUUCGCUUCGCGAUCCACUUCGGCGGCCUCCAUUGGGGACGACUUCCGGUGCCGGUUGUGCCUCCGGUUGGCUGGUGCGGAGCUGCGCCCGCUGUUUCCUCCCGGCGAGGACCAGAUCGAGCUGCUGAGCCGCAUCUUUGACUGUUUGUCCAUUCACGUUUCUUUCCUCCACGAUUUCAACGCGAUGUUGUGUUGCGGCUGCCGGGAGAAAAUCGAGGGAUUCUAUCUGUUUAGGAAGCAGUGCCAAUCUAACGAUGAGUACAUCCGCCGGAAGCGGUCCAACCUGAUCGCUGGGUCGGAAUUUGAAAGAAAAGACAUGCUGCUGGCGAGUGUGAAGGAACCGGAAAUGGACGUCCUGCUGAAGGAUGUCAAGGACCUGUUUGAGCCGCUGAUGGAGAAGCUGGAGCCGGAAGACGUCAAAAUGCCGGAGCUGGCUCCGUCUUUGGCGGAACAGGAAGUCAUUGAGAUUCCGAGCUCCAGCGGCCAAUCCAAUGAGUCAUUUUGUGGAUUUACGCUGGACAACUGCGCCAGACGUUCUCCGCGGAUUUUCAUCCAACAGUCCAUCUCGGAAGCGACUGAACGGCAACCGGAAUCGACGCCGCCACCAGAGAUUCAUGCCGUUGGUGCGUCGCAGCUGGAGCUGCCAAAACUGACCAAGAUCAAAACUAAAAUGGGUCGGCCCCGCAAAACGGCACCGUUGCCAGCCCCCAUGGGCCGGAAGGCGGUUCUUUACUACCAGGGCUACCAGUUCGUUCGGCCAAGGAAAUGUCCGACGGGGGGCUUCCAGUGGUCCUGUAGCAAAACCACCUGCCCGGUCAAACUGAACGACGACCAACGCGAACUCAGUGCCGGUCCGCACCAGCACGAGCCCCACGUGAUCCGCCAGGGAACCAUGUCGAACGUGAAGCGCCACCGCCGGGUUCCGUUUCUGUUGGUCAAGUUUGGCCACAGGGAAUGUCUGGUGUACGAUAACUCGUACCGGUUCCAGUUCUCGCGUGAACUUUCCAGUGGAAAUCAGAUGUGGGUGUGUGAGGCGGCCGACUCGGACGGUUGUCCGGCGCACAUGAAAAUCAUGGGCGAUUUCAGCUCGGUUUCGUGCUACUUUAAGCAUAACCAUCCGAACGCCAAGAUGAUUCUCGAGGAGCUUACGACGGUGCCGCAGGAAGAAGCUUAGGUAGGGUGGUGUGGUUAACUGGACGACUAUUUUAUAUCAUAUGAGUUCGAUUACAGUUGUGAGAAAUUUAAAUUUUAAUUCAUUCCUAUCGUUGUUAUCAUGAUAAAUUUGUUACAUCUUAUAAAAUAAUUUUAUAUAAAAUAAAAUUCUAUAAACAAUAAAAUAGUGGUUCAC